UGCCGGAGGAACGAGCGGAACUGGAUGGUUGCUGGGGCGACACGCCAAUAGCUUAACUAGCACUUCAAGACAGAUAACAAAUCUCCUGCUUCUUGUCGUUCUGACUCGACUCGACCUUUUGUUUCUUGCCACCCGCUUCGCUCUCGUCGACAUCAUGGCAUCCAAGACGCUGGAGGCUCGCUUUGAGCACUUGUCUGUCAAGGACGAGAAUGAAAUCAAUAGCAAUACCAGCUAUUACACGAAGCACAAGGGUCCCGUUUCCACGGCUCUGGCGCUAUCAAGCCUCGGUCCUGGCGCACCGUUGAAUUCUAUGCCUAAUAGAUCAAACCUGCUGAAGCUUGCUUUACAAAACACCAAUGAAGCCAAGAUAAACGCCGCCUCUUCUCCCGUCAAGGGUUCCGAUGAAAGUAGAGAAGGGCGGCCCUCCGCGUCGCUGGCGGCGCAGCCCUUGGAACCAAGGAACUUACAUCUCGGAAUGUUUGAGAUUGGCAAGCCUUUAGGCAAAGGAAAGUUUGGGCGAGUCUACCUAGCAAAGGAAAGGUCAUCUGGCUUCGUUUGCGCGCUCAAAGUGUUGCACAAGUCGGAGCUGCAGCAGGGGGGAGUGCAAAAGCAGGUUCGACGAGAGAUCGAGAUCCAAAGCAAUCUUCGACACCCGAAUGUCCUUAGACUUUACGGACACUUUCAAGAUAGCAAGCGGAUUUUUUUGAUUCUUGAGUACGCCGGCCGGGGAGAGCUCUACAAACACCUGCGGAAGGAGCACCGAUUCCCGGAAUGGAAAGCUGCUCACUACAUCGCCCAGAUGGCUGCUGCGCUGAAAUACCUGCACAAGAAGCAUGUCAUGCACCGCGACAUCAAGCCAGAGAAUAUUCUGGUCGGCAUCCACGGGGAAAUUAAAAUCAGUGAUUUUGGUUGGAGUGUGCACGCACCCAAUAAUCGUCGACAGACCAUGUGCGGAACGCUUGAUUAUCUUCCCCCGGAGAUGCUCAAGCCUGGCUCUCAGGAUAGUUUCUACAACGAAAAGGUUGACCUAUGGAGUCUGGGUGUCUUGACCUACGAGUUUCUUGUUGGGGAAGCCCCGUUUGAAGAUACUCCCGUCAUGACACAGCGUCGAAUUGCUCGAGCAGACAUGUCGAUUCCUUCCUUUGUAAGUCCUGAAGCCAGGGACCUGAUUAAGAGACUACUUGUCCUUGACCCCGAAAAGCGCAUUCCCAAAGACGAACGCCCAACGAACAGGAGUUCUGGGUCUUCCAAGAGUGGCAAGGCGUGAGCGGGCAUCAGCCUUAUCUUGGAUUCCAUUUACAGUUGUCAUGGCUCUACAGAAGGAACUUCUACUUCAUUUUUCUUUUCACGGUGUUUUGGGUGUGGAGUUGGGACUGAUUUACCAGGGUUCUCGAGCUUUCAUUCUGGCUGGCGUUUUCCUCCCCUUUUCUCUCUGGCAUAGCUUAGG